CAUCAUUUUCUCCUUUUCUCCUUUUUUGCCUUUAUAUCCUUAUAUCUCCUUGUAUAUAUAUCCCCCGUAUACCUCUGACAGAAGGCGAAACGCCAUUGAAGUGUCGGUGAAGCUGUAUUCCCAGACAAUAUUGGCAAUUAUAGGCCUUUGUAGCCUUGUGCAUGAGUCGAGCGCCCGUCCUACCGUGACAUAUUCUCCGAAAACAGAGCGACAAAGCGACAGAGCGAGUCUAAUCCCUUCGCAAUAUACUCAAUAAGUACUGUAUAUCGCAUGCAGCCUAUCAUACCCAGCGCAUAUUCGAAUACGCCACCAGAUACGACAAACUAAAGCCGCCAUCUUCCCCGUCGACGCGCUAUUCGACUCUCCGCAGCCACUCACGGCCUUAUAUCCUUGAUAUCUUCUCCUUCCGUACUGUACAAUACAGUGCUGUCACAGGAAGGCUGCAUCUCGGUCGCGUCCGUCGCGUCCCUUGAUCCCUACCGAUCCCUACCCCCAGCAGUCGCACCUUACCCACUCCGCACAAGCACGCAUUGAAACAUUUCGAAGCGGCGAAGAUCCCUCGCAUAACACGAUAAACCCUCGACUCCAAGACACAUCCUGACAACCAACAUCGAGAGUUUCGAGUAACCAUAGCCACUCAUCGAGCGCAGACCCUCUUCAUACCCUUCCCCCUCCUCUCGGUCCCCCCCUUCCCCCUCCAGGCCCCCACACCACCCCCCCCUCCCCUGGGCCAAGGCCAUGUACGCACCACAGUAUCCCUUUGCGCCGGGUCCCAAUGCGCCUCCUCCACCGCAACAACAACAGCCUGGUUACAUCCAGAAUCCCGCGGCACAGCAGCAGCAGAUGAUGUAUAACCCUCAGCAGCAGGGCCAACAAUUCGGGAUGCCGAUGGGUGGCGUCCCGCAGCAGCCGCCUUACGGCCCCGGUAUGAAUGGGCCCAAUAUGGUGCCAGGCCCAAACGCGGUGAUGAUGCAGAAUGGCGGCGCCGGAAUGCCGCAUAUGGGCCCGGGAAACAAUGGCAUUGCAUCCUACCAAACGCCCUACAACAACUCCCCAUACGGCAUGCAAGGUGGCCCGCCAUCCUCUGGUCCUCAACAACAAGCUUUCCUCCCCGCUGGCGCGAAUGCUGCACAGUCAGGCUUCGUCCAGCCAGCGCCGCAGCAGCGCAUGCACACUCCUCAGCAACAUCAACAACAGCAGAUGGGCACGCCGCAGCGCGGUUCUUCAUACGGUCCUGUCCCGGGACAACACACGACACCACCACAUACACAGGCUCCGUCACAAUUUAUGCCUCCUCAGCCAGGAACACCGCAGAUGGCGAUGCCUAUGCAACAGCAGCAGGGGCUCGCGCAGCAGGGACAACAAGCGCAACAGCCUGUACAACAGCCACAAUCGGCGGGGCAGACGCCCGUGACACCGUCGUUCCCUACGUCGGCUGGGGGGAUGGCUACACCGUUAAGCCCUGGGUCUGAAGUGAGAGAGAAGGAUAGGGUUAGCCUGCUGCUGGAUAUUAACAGGGUGCUGUUGAUGGAGGUGAUGAGGCUACAAGCUGUGCAGGCGGAAGCAAAAGCGAAGGUGGAAUCAGACGACAAGAAGGACGACAAGGAGGAUGGGGCUGAGGGAGCGAAGGAUAAAGAGAAGAAGGACGAUAAGGCGAAGGAGAAGCCUAAGAUUGAUCCUGUUACGGGCAAGGAGUUUGUGGAAUGCAUGCGGAGGAUACAAUAUAACCUGGCAUAUCUCGCCGCCAUCGCUGACCGGUCACACAAACCAUCAUCACAGAUCCCACCCCACCCAGCCGUCAUCUCAGCGCCGUCUCUCACCCCUCUCCCCAAACCCGCCACCUCGUCGCCAACCUCCCCCAAUGGCGCCGUCAAAAGCACCGAUGGCGCCGCAGACGCCGAAGUCGAAGACCGCGCCGAGACCUUGAAGAAACAAUACAAGCGCCUCCAAGAGCUCUUCCCCGGCGUGGACCCCAAGAAAGAACCGACCGUGCAGCCCGCACAAGCGGCUCAAAAGCAGCAGCAGCAGCAACAACAACAACAGCCAGGUCCGUCAGCUCCGCAAAAGGCCCAAAUGGCUGCCCAGAUGCAAGCGCAGCUCGCGCAGAUGAGCCAGGCGCAGAAGAUGGAAUUCAUGCAGCGGAAAGGAAUGCAGCAGAUGGCGCAACAGCAGCCGAAUGCGCAGCAGCAACAACAACUGCAGCGGAUGAGGCAGCAACAGCAACAGAUGCAGCAGCAGCAACCUGGAUGGCGGCCAGGACAGCCGGGGGGCCCGCAGCAGGGAGGGCCGCAGCGGAUGGGGCCGGGGAUGCAGCAGGGUGGUGGGAUGGAUAUGAGCGGGAUGGGGAUGGGAUCACCGUCAGUGCAGGGGAUGCAGCAACCGGGCCAGCAGUGAGCGACGAGUGUAGCCGCUCCAAUAUCGAUGGGCGCAAGGGCAAGAAUAAUCGCAGCAAGGACAGGAUUGUCUAAAACGGUGUACGAGGGGAAGCAGCUUAACGGUGUCUGGCAUCAGGAGCAUGGCGUCUUUAUAAAAAAAGGAGGAAAAUGGAGAUUUGGGG